AAUCAUAAGAGGGGCGGAACCCAGUGCCACCAAUGUCAUUCUCUGUCGGUGAUUAAAAUUCUCCGCGCUCGGAUUGGCCAUCAAAGUCCACAUCUACCGUACACGUGGCAUAAUGGGGGCGAUUUGGAGGCCCUCCCUCGCCUACAAUAUUUUUUCUUUUGUUGAAAAUUUUGCUAGUUACCGAUUUUAAACCGGAUCGUCCGGUUCAUAGUCGUUACAUUGGACCCCUGUAUAUAAUUACCAUUGAAGAAAGCUGAAGCAAGCGAGAGAGAGACAAGGGUAUCGACGAAUUGGCUUUUAUUUUCUUUUUUAGUUUUCAAGCUCUAAGUCCAGCUAGAUUUUUUUAGUUUUCAAGCUCUAAGUCCAGCUAGAUUUUCACUUUUCGGGUGGAGAAUGCCGAUUUCUCGAAUUGCAGUAGGCUCCCCAGCGGAAGCUAGCCAAUCCGAUGCCCUCAAGGCAGCUCUAGCUGAGUUUAUUUCAAUGCUCAUCUUUGUUUUCGCCGGCGAAGGCUCCGGCAUGGCUUUUAACAAGCUCACUGACAAUGGCUCAUCAACACCGGCGGGAUUAGUAGCGGCAUCAGUGGCUCACGCCUUCGCGUUGUUUGUGGCGGUUUCCGUCGGUGCUAACAUCUCCGGUGGGCACGUAAACCCUGCCGUCACAUUCGGUGCCUUUGUUGGUGGCCAUAUUACAUUGUUCAGGAGUAUUUUGUACUGGAUUGCUCAGUUGCUCGGAUCCGUUGUUGCUUGCUUGCUUCUCAAGUUUUCAACUGGUGGACUGACAACAUCAGCAUUUAGCUUGUCAUCUGGGGUAGGAGCAUGGAACGCAGUGGUUUUCGAGAUCGUGAUGACCUUUGGUUUGGUUUACACUGUAUACGCCACAGCUGUUGACCCGAAGAAGGGUAACAUUGGGAUCAUUGCACCCAUUGCAAUUGGUUUCAUUGUGGGUGCCAACAUCUUGGCUGGUGGUGCCUUUGAUGGCGCAUCCAUGAACCCUGCUGUCUCCUUCGGACCAGCCGUGGUCAGCUGGACGUGGGACAACCACUGGGUCUAUUGGCUCGGUCCAUUCGUCGGCGCUGCCAUUGCAGCUAUUGUCUAUGAGGUCUUCUUCAUCGCCCCAGACACACACGAACAGCUUCCCACUACUGAAUAUUAAGAUUUAUGGCCUUCUUCCAUGUACUUAAACAAGGGUUUGAAAGUUGGGUGGAUCACUUUGGUUUCAUUGUUGUGGGUGUUUAUUCCAUGUUUGUAUCUCUCUUUUGUUAAGUGCUGAUUCCUGUGAACUUGGUUUUUCAAUCAUUUGAUAUUCUUCACUUGCGUUAAAUUAACAGAA